GAUAUAGAGAGGCAGGAAGCAGGACAGGGAGAAAGACAGACUGACAGAGAAAGAGGCACAGCAGAGAGGAGAGAGGCAGAGGCAGAGCGGCAGCAUCCGUAUCUCUCUGUGGCUGCAUGCUUUCUACCAGUCAAAUUUCCAUACUGAUAGGACCAACUAACAAGCAUCCUUGAAUGAUGGAAUACUUCACUGAACCUUGGGAACUCAGGAAUUUCACCUGUGGGCUCUGCACUACCUUUGGGACUGAGAUUACAAAGGUUUCCAGGGAACGAAAGCACUCCGACAGACCCAAGAAUAACUGAGGAAUGGUCUUUGUCUAGAGGAUCAAAGAGGAAAUGUGACUGAGGAGGAACACAAGGGACGGUGAUUUCAAUGAUGGGAUGUGACAUCAUCUCAAAUCCUUUCUGGCAGUCUGUGGAGGAUAACAGAGGAGUUCAAAGGCUGUGAAUGCCCAAGAGUCAGGGAUCAGUCUCUUUGAGAGGUCCCUGAAGACUCUAUAUGACCGACACCAGGGUCUCUGACAUUUGGUCCAACUUUGUCGCAACUCUACAGUUUAGUCCAGAGAAACAAUCACACAAGCUUGUUUCCAUUUCUAUGUGAACCUCCCUACUGUUCUGUCAUUUGUACUUCUACCUUCACUGUUGUCUGGAAUAAGAAAUUACAAACCUGAUGACAUAAAAAGCGGUGGACCAUAUUGGGACAAGUGUGUAAGACAUGCAAUACUUGAAAAGUGUCCAGAAGGGGAGACAGGAGGACUGUUCCGACACUGGCAUCAUUUUCAAGCUGGGAUAAGACAAGAGGCAGUUCCAGCACAACGGACAAUGAGAUAAUGCUGUGAAUCAAGUGGAUGAAGAGAACAUUGAUCUUGUCAAGCCAGAAUAUGGUGGGAUGGUUUGAUAAGCUCCACCAAGUUCCUUGUGGCCAAUUCAAAUACUGCUGAGGUGGAGAGAGCACUGCUUGGAAGGAGUGGAUAAUGCACACAUCCCCAGUGCAGAUUUCUGCAGCCACCAUGAGCAACAUGACUGUGCUUGAUGCGGCUGACCCCUAUGACCUUGACAUGACCUCAGACAAAGCCAUCUAUCCCAUCAGUUUUCAGGUUUCACUGACAGUUUUCCUGCUUUUGGAGAUCCUUUUGGGCUUGAGUUCCAACCUCACUGUGCUCGUCCUCUACUGUAUGAAACAGAACCUCAUCAGCUCCGUCUCCAACAUCAUCACCAUGAACCUGCAUGUGGUGGAUGUGUUGGUGUGUGUAUGCUGCAUCCCCCUGACAGUAGUGUUGGUGUUACUUCCAUUGGAAGCAGACACAGCCAUGAUCUGCUGUUUCCAUGAAGCCUGUGUCUCCUUUGCAAGUGUAGCUACUGCGGCUAAUGUCCUGGCCAUCACCGUAGACCGCUAUGACAUCUCUGUGCGGCCAGCGAACCGUGUACUCACAAUGGGCCGAGCUGUAGCUCUACUGGGAUCCAUCUGGGCCUUGUCCUUCAUCAGUUUCCUUGUUCCCUUCAUGGAAGAGGGCUUCUUUGUGAACUCUGGUUCAGACCUUGUGAACCAGACUGCGGUGGUCACAGUGGCUCAUACAAGUUAUUAUUACACAGAGCUGGGUUUGUACUAUCACCUGCUAGCACAGAUUCCUAUAUUCUUUUUUACAGCUGUGGUAAUGUUAGUCACUUACUACAAGAUCCUCCAGGCACUUAAUAUUCGCAUUGGAACACGCUUUCACCACAAUCUACCUAAAAAGAAGCAAAAGAGCAAAAAUGUUAUCUCCUUAAGUACUGCAACACAAGCGGAGUCGACUGAUGCUUUACAGAGUAGCACAGGGACCAGGGCAGGUGGGAGUGCACCUUUAGGCAUGCAGGCAUCAGUCUCAGUCAUUAUCGCUCUAAGAAGAGCAGUAAAGCGCCAUCGGGAAAGACGGGAGAGGCAGAAACGAGUCUUUAAGAUGUCUCUUCUUAUCAUCUCCACAUUCUUACUUUGCUGGACUCCAAUAACUGUGCUCAACACCUUCAUCCUCAGCACUGGGCCCAAUGAUUUAAUUGUUCGCCUCCGCUUGGGCUUCCUGGUGAUGGCCUAUGGAACCACCAUCUUUCAUCCUCUCCUCUAUGCCUUCACUCGGCAGAAGUUUCAAAAAGCUUUGAAAAGCAAGAUGAAGAAGAGGGUGUUCUCUGUAGUGGAAGCUGACCCUCCACCAAAAAAUGUAGUCAUCCAUAACUCAUGGAUUGACCCACGGAGAAAUAAGAAGGUCACCUUUGAGGAAACAGAAGCCCGACAAAAAUGUCUAUGCCCGCAGGAUGUGGAGUAAUUGGAUCAACUGAAAUGUAAAUAUGUCAAGUAUGUGGAGAAAAUGUGAACAUUCCACUUGAACAAGUAAUAUAACAUGGCAGAAACGAUUUAAAAACUGGUGGAAAGUGACUCUAAACAAACUAAAUACAUGCUCAUUAACAAUGUAGUAAAGAAAUCUUGUGCAGCAUACUUGAUGAAUAUAAAAAUGAUGACUUCAAAAAAGAUUUGUUCUUUGAGAUUGGAGGAUUACAGACAAAGGGGAGAAGCUUCCUUAAAUGUGUAAAAAGUGGCUAAAAUUGUAUUGUAGGGUUUGUAUCUACAGUACUGAGCAAAAGUUUUAGGCAGGUGUGAAGAAAUGUUGUCAAAUAUGAAUGCUUUCAAAAACAGAAAUGUUAAUAGUUUAUUUUUAUCAAUUAACAAAAUGCGAAAAAAGUGAGUGAACAGAAUAAAAUCUAAAUCAAAUCAAUAUGUGUGUGACCACCCUUUGCCUUCAAACCAGCAUCAAUUCUUCUAGACAUUUUUUUCACACCUGCCUAAGACUUUUGCAUAGUGCUGUAUGCAGGGUUGCAGUGUGUUGCAAGCCCGGCGGCCUAAUGGGUACGCAUCAGGGUUCAUAAAAAUGUAUUCUUAACAUAUUUUUACACUAAAAUGUGUUAUACAAGUAGCUUACUCCUUUAGGGUGUCUCUCUAAUAGGAUGUGUGCUUAAUGAGAGAGAGAGAGAGA